AUGACUUCAAACAUUGCGGAGUCGAUCAAUGCAGCGCUCAAGGAUGCUAGGGAACUCCCAGUACUGCCUUUGCUGGACUACAUAAGGCAAUUGAUUGGACGAUGGAAUGUUACAAUCCAAAGGAAUGCAAUAGAGUCAUUUACUGAUCUUGGAAAAAAAUAUGAUACAAUGCUGAUAGACAAUAUCGAAUUGUCACAUCAGAUGAAGGUGACCCCUUCGACGAGUUACUUAUAUUCAGUACUUGACAAGGAUAAGCUUAGAAUGAUGUUCCUAAAAGAUCGAACUUGCAACUGUAGAAGGUUUCAGUUGGAUGAGCUGCCAUGUGCACAUGCUUGGGCA